UUGCGGGGGGGAGCGGCGGGAGCGGGUCCGGCACCGACACCGGCACAGCCAGCGGGAUCGGGGAGCGACACCGCGAUCGGCGCCGGGGCCGGCAUCGGGGAGCGGCACCGGGGGCGGCGGCGGCGCCUGACGGGGGAGCGGCGGCUCCGCAGGCGCGGCCUGAGGCGCUGGGCCCAGCGCUCCCGCUCGCUCCGGGCGGCCUCAGCGGCCCCGGCGGCCUCAGCGUCCCCGUUAGCUCCGCGCCCGGCCCCGCGCGGCCCGCAGCACCGGGAGGAUGUCGCGGCCCGUCAGGAACAGGAAGGUGGUGGAUUACUCCCAGUUUCAGGAAUCAGAUGAUGCUGACGAUGAUUAUGGAAGAGAUUCAGGGCCCCCCUCCAAGAAAAUCCGCUCAUCUCCCCGAGAGGCCAAAAACAAGAGGAGAUCUGGCAAGAACUCGCAGGAGGACAGUGAGGACUCAGAAGACAAAGAUGUGAAGACCAAGAAAGAUGAUUCACACUCAGCAGAUGAGGAUUUUGGCAGUGAGGAUGAUGAUGUAGGAGCCGAUGAUGGCAAAGCCGACAGCGACUACGAGAGCUCCCAAAAAAGCAAAAAAGGAAAAAAGGCCAAAGCAGACAAGAACAAGAGAGCAGCCUCCAAAUCCAGGAAAAGGCCUGCAGAGGACAGCGAGGAUGAGAAGGAAGAUCACAAAAAUGUCCGUCAGCAGCGCCAGGCGGCCUCCAAAGCUGCCUCCAAGCAGAGGGAGAUGCUGCUGGAGGAUGUGGGCAGUGAGGAGGAGGAGCAGGAGGAGGAUGAAGCUCAGUUCCAGGAGACAGAUUCAGGCAGUGAUGAAGAUUUCCUGAUGGAGGAUGAUGAUGACAGUGACUAUGGCAGCUCAAAAAAGAAAAACAAGAAAGUUUCCAAGAAAUCCAAACCAGAGAGGAAAGAAAAGAAAAUGCCCAAGCCCAGGCUAAAGGCUACAGUGACCCCCAGCCCAGUGAAAGGCAAAGGGAAGGCAGGUCGUCCCACAGCUUCCAAGGCAACAAAAGAAAAAACCCCAUCCCCAAAAGAAGAGGAUGAAGAACCUGAAAGUCCCCCAGAAAAGAAAAAAUCCACCAGCCCUGCACCAGAAAAAUCAGGAGAUGAGGGCUCUGAAGAUGAAGCACCCUCUGGUGAAGAUUAAAAAAAAGCAAUUGAGAGGGAAAAGAAAAAAAAAAGAAAAAAAAUCUUUGUUUAAAAAAAAAAAAGAGGAAAAAAAAAAAGAAAAAGGAAAAGAAAACAACACUUAGGGGUAGAACACAGGCUGUGGUUUUGAAUGCUGGCUUUGUUUUCAGCUGGGUAAUCCAGGGAAAUUCUUUUUUAAUAAGAGAAAAACCUUUCUCUGCAGUGAGAUUUUCAAAUUAAAAUGGUCUCUGUUGGCCAUUCUGUUCUCCCUCCCUGCCAAAUCUGAAAAGCCAUUGGAGACAAAUUAGAACAAACCAUUCAAUAUUG